GCCGCAGCAGCAGAGGGCGGAAGCUCAGUGCCGUGCGAGGGCUCGGAGCGAGAGCCGCCGCAGGGAGAAGCCGAAACCCGACAAAGAGACGAAACAGCACGUCGCCCGCAUUGUCCCGAUGACGAGCCUGGUGGCGAUGGAGUACGACGCGAGCAAGGAGCCACCAACGGGGGACGUGGUGGCGCAGAAGAGGUUCCAGGACGAGACAAGGCGCAAUAUGCAGGAGGUCGCGAAGUUGUCGAUGACCGCGAGGAGGGCGAACGAGCACGAGGACGCCGACCGGUGCGACCUGAAGCUGCAGGUGCUGAAGUGCAUGAUGGACGCCACAAUGCCCACAGAGAUGCAGUUGGCGGAGAUUAGAGCCAAGCGCGACAGGGCAGGCGAGAUACUGAAGAAUACGAGGGCGAGAGUGGCGACAUUCCAGGAGCAGGAGAACGAGAUCCUGGAGGAGCUGGGCCGUCUGAAAGAGUACAUCACGGAGCUCGAGGAGCAGCGCAGGGAGGAAGAGGCCGAGGACCACGCGAAGGACGUGAACAUGGGAGUCAGUGAUCUCAUGACGGCCAUGAUGCAGCAGAUGAUUGCGAGGAUGAAGCAGCAGGACAAGCAGAUUAUGUACGUGAUGCAGGCGACGGGGUUUCAGUCGGCCAGUGGGGCGCAGCCGCAGCCGCCAGGUGGGCAGCAGGCGGCAGCGUUCCCUCCGAGGCCGCCGCAGAUGGGCGGCAUGCAGCAUGCUGGCGGCGCGGCGGAGGCGGCGCAUGCGCAGGCGCUGUUCCACGCGGAGGUGAAGGAAGAGGCGCUGCGGAGGGAGAUGGCGAUGCGAGAGGCGGCUGCAGCGGCAGCGGCGGCGGCU